GGGACUGACAUGAAGGAAGUCCCGUGGGGAGAGGAUUUUGGUGUGACAGAUACUCUGACGGGGAAGAACUCUGUGUUAUUUGGGAAUUUGGCUGUGGGGGCCUUCUAGGAAUAGGCACAGUUAUGGAUUGACCCCUGUGGACAGAAGAGUGAUUGGAGAAAAGGCCCUGAUAGGAAUAUUGGAUUGGGAGGAGGUGGGUAGGCUCCAAUGUAGGGAAGAGAAGGAUGAUCACUAUAAACGGUGAGAAGAGACAUCUUCCCUUUGCUCCCAUCAGGAGUGGGCCUUGGUUAGGAGGGGUACCUUGGCAUAAUAUUGGGGAACUGGAAUAUGGUAUGGAGAAAUUUGCUGGAUGGGUGGUCCCUGAUGUGAGAGAAAAUGAUUUAGGAAAGAGGUCUUGGGAUAAUAUGGGGAGGCCCCCCCAGGAAGGGUGUGCCCUGGUGGGCCAGAUUGCCAUAGGGAUAGGACUCUUGUUAUAGGGGUUCUUGGAUAACAUUGUGAUCAAGACGUCCCCAAGGACCCUGAUGUGGUUUUAGAGGCCUGAAGAGGACUUUACUAUGGUUUCAUGGGAGCCCAGAAGACUCUAAUGUGGUUUGGGGUGAUCCUAGACUUCCUGGAUUGGGGGAUCUGCUGGAAAGGGUAGAUUUUGAAGCAGAGGAACCUUGCUGUGAUAAGAUGAAAUCCUAAGGUUCAGGGAAGACUGCAGGAAGGCAGGAUCUUGUGUGAGGGGGGCCUGGGAAGGGUCACAAGUGGAAAUGGGGGAAAAAGAGUGAACCCUACUCCCCUAUACUGUCUGUGGUUUCUAUUUUCUUCUCUUCCUUCCCCCAAUUAUUGGUGUCUUUCUGUCCUUUUCUGUCCUGGCCCAUAUUCUUGCCCAACUCCCAAUCACUCCCUUUCACAUGUGCCUCUGUUUGUGCUCCCUACUUCAUUUAUUUGGUAAUCAUUUGUUGAGGGACUCUGCUGUGUCCCCCCUCCACUGGCCCCUACCACCACUAUUGUCUGUCACCUCUUUUCAUUCCCACCUGUUGCUCUGUUGAACUCUUUUCCUCUGCCCUCUGUGCCUUGCCUUCUCUCUGAUGUCCACCUCUUUCCUGCACUGUCCCACACAUCCCCUUCUUCCAUGUUGUUCCCCUGCCUCCCGCCUGCUCUCAGGUCUCAGCGGCGGUGGCAGCCGAGGUGCAGGAUGCGAGAAGGCGCCCCCCGGCCGGGCUCCCGCUCCAGGCCUCGCUCCCCUGCGGCCCUCUGAGCCCACCAUGGCCGUCCCACCGGGCCAUGGUCCCUUCUCUGGCUUCCCGGGGCCCCAGGAGCACACGCAGGUAUUGCCUGAUGUGCGGCUCUUGCCUCGGAGGCUUCCCCUGGCCUUCCGGGAUGCGACCACGGCCCCACUGCGCAAGCUCUCCGUGGACCUCAUCAAGACCUACAAGCACAUCAAUGAGGUCUACUAUGCGAAGAAGAAGCGGCGGGCCCAGCAGGCACCUCCUCAGGACUCAAGCACCAAGAAGGAGAAGAAGGUCCUGAACCAUGGUUAUGACGAUGACAACCAUGACUACAUAGUGCGCAGUGGCGAGCGCUGGCUGGAGCGUUAUGAGAUUGACUCCCUCAUUGGCAAAGGCUCCUUUGGCCAGGUGGUGAAAGCCUAUGAUCAUCAGACCCAGGAGCUGGUGGCCAUCAAGAUCAUCAAGAACAAAAAGGCCUUCCUGAACCAGGCCCAGAUUGAGCUGCGGCUACUGGAGCUGAUGAACCAGCAUGACACGGAGAUGAAGUACUACAUAGUGCACCUGAAGCGGCACUUCAUGUUCCGGAACCACCUGUGCCUGGUGUUCGAGCUGCUUUCCUACAACCUGUAUGACCUCCUGCGCAACACACACUUCCGAGGUGUCUCGCUGAAUCUGACGCGGAAGCUGGCGCAGCAGCUCUGCACUGCGCUUCUCUUUCUGGCCACACCUGAGCUUAGCAUCAUUCACUGCGACCUCAAGCCCGAGAACAUCCUGCUCUGCAACCCCAAGCGCAGUGCCAUCAAGAUCGUGGACUUUGGCAGCUCCUGUCAGCUCGGCCAGCGGAUUUACCAGUACAUCCAGAGCCGCUUCUAUCGGUCACCCGAGGUGCUCUUGGGCACGCCCUAUGACCUGGCCAUUGAUAUGUGGUCCCUGGGCUGCAUCCUGGUAGAGAUGCACACUGGAGAGCCCCUCUUCAGUGGCUCCAAUGAGGUGGACCAGAUGAACCGGAUUGUGGAGGUGCUGGGCAUUCCACCAGCCCCCAUGCUAGACCAGGCACCCAAGGCUCGCAAGUACUUUGAACGGCUGCCUGGGGGUGGCUGGACCCUACGAAGGACAAAGGAACUCAGGAAGGUGCGGCCCCUGCCCUUUGCCGCUCCUCCUACCCUGGUGGCCCCUCACUCUCUCACACUUGGGGCGCCCUCUCUCCCUGCUUCCUCUCCGGGCCACAGCCCCGCCGACUACCUCCGCUUCCAGGACCUGGUGCUGCGCAUGCUGGAGUAUGAGCCCGCCACCCGCAUCAGCCCACUGGGGGCUCUGCAGCAUGGCUUCUUUCGCCGCACGGCUGAUGAGGCCACCAACACGGGCCCGGCAGGCAGCAGUGCCUCCACCUCGCCCGCGCCCCUCGACACCUGCCCCUCCUCCAGCACCGCCAGCUCCAUCUCCAGUUCUGGAGGCUCCAGUGGCUCCUCCAGUGACAACCGGGCCUACCGAUACAGCAACAGAUAUUGUGGGGGCCCUGGGCCCCCCAUCACUGACUGUGAGAUGAACAGCCCCCAGGUGCCACCCUCCCAGCCGAUGCGUUCCUGGGCAGGUGGUGAUGUGCCCCACAAGACACAUCAGGCCCCUGCCUCUGCCUCGUCACUGCCAGGGGCUGGGGCCCAGUUACCCCCCCAACCCCGAUGCCUUGGCCGUCCUCCAUCACCAACCUCACCACCACCCCCGGAGCUGAUGGAUGUGAGCCUGGUGGGCGGCCCUCCAGACUGCUCCCCACUCCACCCAGCGCCUGCCCCCCAGCACCCGGCUGCCUCAGCCCUCCGGACUCGGAUGACAGGAGGUCGUCCACCCCUCCCACCCCCUGAUGACCCUGCCACUCUGGGGCCUCGCUUGGGCCUCCGUGGUGUACCCCAGAGCACCGCAGCCAGCUCAUGACCCUGCCCCUUCCCUGGGGCCCCUCCUGAAGCCAUACCCCCCCAUCUGGGGGCCCUGGGCUCCCAUCCUCAUCUUUCCCCUUGACUGGAAUUGCUGCUACCCAGCUGGGGUGGGUGAGGCCUGCACUGAUUGGGGCCUGGGGCAGGGGUCAAGGAGAGGGGUUAGGCGUACCCUCCCCACUAAGGACUGCACCCUUGGCCCCCUCUCUCCCCCUUGUUUUCUAUUUAUUGUACCAAAGACAGUGGUGGUCCAGUGGUGGGGAGACCCCCUCACCCCAGGGCCCUAGGAAGGGGUGGGGGCAGGUAGGGGGAGAUGGCCUUGCUCCUCCUUGCUGUACCCCCCAGUAAAGAGCUUUCUCACAUGCCCGCCUGAGCGUUUGCAGGGCCCUGGCUCCCUUUCACCCAGCCCUCAGAGGCAUGGUGCGGAAUGGUGUUUGGGGAGGGGGUGCUGGAAGAGCUUUCUCUUGUGGGGUAUGUCCACAGGGAAGUUAUAGCUAUUGGUGCAGACAUGGGGCUGCAGGAAGUCUGGGCCCAAGGAAUCCUAGACAGAUCCUGAAUAGGAUCGUAGCCCACAUUUGCCUUUUCCAGGGUAAAUAGACCCUGAAAGGGUAAAAGCCCAGUUCUGGCCUGUUUCUGGGAAAUAAGCAUUUCUGCCCUAGUAAGCCAGGUUUUCCACAGAAUCUGUGCAGGAGUGGUUCCUUUUGCCAGGCAAGCGGCCAGUAGGUGCUGAAUACGUGUAACAGGAGUUAUUGGUGCCAUCUGGGGAUUGACAGGCAGGCAGUGGCUACAGACUUUACUCCUACCCCCACGUCUGGUCUUACCCUUUCAAAGGAACAAUUGCGGAGCAAGGCUUUUUGAGAUUCUCAGGCAAAAAAAAAAAAAUGUCCCCGGCGUUCCAGGUAAGUGGGCCUGUUUCCCUGGCAAUUUGGCAACUUUUGUCUCCCAAAUGGCCAAUCAAGGGCCUCCUGAUUCAAAGGGUAUCGUCUUCCGCCACUGGGGCGCUGCGCCUCCUGGGAAAUGGAGCUCUUCUUGGCGAUCUCCUCCUCCUCUUCGUUGGGGAACUGCAAAGACCAGAGUUCUUUUCGCUCAUGUGUUUAGGGGCGGGGUCACAGGCAGCCAAUCAGCAGUCAGACGGGACCCGGAUGUGUGACGCGGGCUGUAAAGGAGGAAGAAGGCAGUGAUUGGGUGGUUUUGGCCGUGAUGUGCGCAGGUGUUGAUUUCUCUUGGGGCGUGCGGUAGGUGCAAGAUGGCUUUUCGUGGACAGCGUUAAGGUAAGAUGUUCGUAUUUAGAGCAGGAGGUAGGCGCAGAGGCCUGAAGCGGCCCCAUCCCGCGGGCAUCACUAGCCGCUGUGUCUGGCCUAGCUCGCGGGAAAGGUCCCGUCUGUAGGAAAGAGAGGCAAGGGUUCCAUUACGGACCUGCGUGUGUCCCCUAAUGGUGGCAACGUUGAACGCGAGGGAACCCAGAAGAAGCAAGGGUAGGGAAACUCUUCUGGAGGAGGAGGAGCUGCCUGAGCUGAGACCUGAUGACGGAGGGGUGCUUGGUGGCGCGGUAGAACCGCUUGCGCAAAGGCAGCAAUGAGAAACAGCCUGGUGAUCUGGUGUUGGAGAUCUUAUUGAAAGUUCUGUGAAUUAGGUCCUGGAAGAUUUUGUUGACUAGGGAUUUCCUGAGGGCAAUGAGGAGCUGUGGGAGGGCCCUAUUUGCCGACAUCUGGCAAUAGAUUGUCGGGAAAGAGACUUGGGCCUGGGUGCCCAGGGUGGCGUUUAUGGCAGGGUCCUAGGCAUGAAACGUCGGAGGUGAAUCAGGGAAAGGGUCUUGAUAGGGAGGGGAGGAAAGAUGUGGGUGGGAGAGAUGUCCAGAAGGCUGAGUUGACAGGCUGUAUGUGUGGCUUACAGACUGCGGUGAGGGGCGGGAAAGUAGUAUCUCCAGCAUGUAGGACAAGUGGCUGCAUAUUUUAGAUGCUUAAUUAAAUUUGGUUUUGAAUAAAUAGUCCUAGGAGGCCAGUACUGUUAUGAUCUCCCUUUUGCAAAUGAGGAUACUGAGGGCAGAGAAAGUUAAGUAAUUUGUCCAAGGUCAUGUAGCUGGGAAUUAAAGGACUCAGGAUUUGUGUGUAUGUCAACCAUUGACUUAACCAGGUGCAAGAUGAGCUUCGAGUCAUCAGCAGGAGCCAAAUCAUGGGUUCUGUAAGGAAUAUGGAUGGAUAAGCAGGGAAGCGUAUAUCUCAAAUUUCUGUUUCCAGCCCAGAACCUCUCCCCUGACCUGCUGACUGCCUACAUGAUAUGGCCUCUUGGAUAUCUAGAGAUAUUUUGAGAGUAAUCUCAGCCAAAUUGAACUCCUGUUUUCCCCCAAAAAAGUCUCUUCUUCCAAGGUUCCUCUCAGUAAAUGCCACUUCCAUCCUUGUAGUUGCUCAGACCAAAAGUUUUGAAGUUGUUCUUCAGUCCCUCUUUGUCUUAUACCCAUGCCCGGCCCAUCAGCAAAUUCUUUCAAAGUAUAUUCAGAACCUGACCAUUUCUUUCCACCUCCAUGCUGUCACCCUAAUCCUGUCCACUCUCAUCACCUGCCUGGAUCAUCACAGCAGUCUGCUGAGUGGUCUCCCUGCUCCAGAGGAAUGCUGUGAACACCUGUGUCAGGUCACGUUUCUCCCCUGCUCAAUACCCUCCCAUGCUUCCAUUUCACAGAGAGUAAAUGCCAGAGUUUUCUUCAUAACCUGCAAGGCCCUGCAUGACCUGCCCAUGUUACCACUCUGACAUCUAUUCAUCUCUCCUUGCUCACUCUGCUCCAGCCACAUGCCUCAGAGCUUUUAUACUUGCUGUUCUCUUCACCUGGAACACUUCCCCAGAUAGUCAAGGCUCACCUUCACCUUCUUUAGGUCUUUACUCAGAUGUCACCUUCUUGAGAUCUCCCCUGACCACCCUUCUAGAAUCGUACUAACAUUUGAAUUUUUCCUUUGAAUUUUUCCUUAACAUUAAUCAUAUCACUGUUUAACACACUAUAUACUUUAUCUUAUUGUCUGUCGCUGCCCUCACCCAUACCCACCAGACCAUACACUCUAUGAAGGCAGGGGCUUUUGUCUACU